CCUGUCCUUUGAAAUAUAAAUUACGCGGUCUCCACGUUUUACCCUUUUCUCUCUCUUUUCUUCUCUCUCUUCCAUCACUGUCCUUUCUUCUUCGAUCAUGGCGAUCUGAGAGAGGGAAAGGAACACACUAUAAAUUAUUUAUUCUUUAGCUAUAAUUCGAGAUUACACUCAAAUAAGUCGUGACGGAGCUAUUAUAUGGAGGUUAUGUCGCCGCUAGACUCGAUUGAUUCGUUGUUGUUCUCCGCCAGCAGAGCAUUGUGUACUCCUUUCGCUGUAUUUGUUCAGAUCCAGGGAUAUGUAAUAUGCUUACUUUUGGCUGCUGGAUGGGCUGGUGCAGCUUAUGUGAGAAACAGAGAAAUAAGACAGAUGAAGAAAUGUAUGAAAGAUGGGAAUGACUUUGCAUUUCUUAGCCAUGAUCUUCAUGAUCUUGAGCACUCAAAACAGAUCCAAUUGCCAGGUGUCACUGUUGUAAUGCCCUUGAAAGGCUUCGGUGAACACAAUCUGCACAACUGGAGAACACAGUUAACUUCCCUUUAUGGUGGCCCUUUGGAGUUCCUUUUUGUUGUGGAUAGCACUGAAGAUCCAGCUUAUCAUGCUGUAUCUAGAUUACUCCUAGACUUUAAGGAUGAUGUUGAUGCCAGAAUAAUCAUAGCUGGUCCAUCCACAACAUGUAGUCAAAAAAUUCAUAAUCAAUUGGUUGGAGUGGAAAAAAUGCAUAAAGGGAGCAAAUAUGUGUUGUUUCUAGAUGAUGAUGUCAGGCUGCAUCCUGGAUCAGUUGGAGCACUCACUGCAGAGAUGGAAAAGAGACCUGAGAUAUUUAUUCAAACUGGUUACCCUCUUGAUUUACCUUCUGGAAGCUUGGGAAGUUACUGUAUCUAUGAAUAUCACAUGCCAUGUUCAAUGGGAUUUGCAACUGGUGGAAGAACAUUCUUUCUUUGGGGAGGAUGCAUGAUGAUGCAUGCAGACGAUUUCAGAACUGAUAAACAUGGUGUUGUCUCACAGCUUAGUGAUGGUGGAUACUCUGAUGACAUGACUCUUGCUGCCAUAGCUAGUGCUCACAAAAGGCUUAUCACAUCACCUCCUGUUGCUGUUUUCCCUCAUCCACUUGCCAGUGAUCUCACUUUUUCAAGGUACUGGAAUUAUUUGAGAAAACAAACAUUUGUGUUGGAGUCAUACACAACAUAUAUAAACUGGAUAAUGAACAGAGCAUUAUUUUCUGUACACUGCUACUUAUCUUGGGGAUUUGUAGCUCCAUAUGUUAUGGCAUUCUUUCAUGUUAUAGCUGCUUUAAGAUUUUACAUGAAGGAAAAAGUAGCUGAAGAAUCUCCUCUCAACCCUAAUGGGUUGAUUCUGGUGGGAUGCUUAGUGACAUGCACAGCAAUUGAACUUCUUUCAAUGUGGAAUUUAACAAGAAUAGAAGUCAGACUAUGCAACAUGUUGUCACCCGAGGCACCUCCUCUUUCACUCAGUGCUUAUAAUUGGUGUUUGGUGUUUGUUGCAAUGGUGGUGGAUAAUUUCCUAUACCCGAUUUCUGCAAUCCGUUCACAUUUUUCUCAAUCUAUCAAUUGGUCUGGAAUCCGAUACCAUUUGAGAAAUGGAAAAAUACACAAGAUUGAAAGAACAAUGGAAAAAGGCAAGAAGUUUUCAGAUUUGGCGGCUAAACGUUUAUACGCAAGGAAAGGAGCGCAAAGCAAGAUUUCGAUUCUUGGUUCUUUAUCAAGAGGUCUGGCCCACUGGAGACAACCAAAAAAAUACGAUGUCUGAAAAAGAAAAAAAAAAAAGAAAAAAGAAAACAUUUAUGGUGAGCAAAAUGUCACCAGGUAAUAUGAUUCAUCCCCCCC